UUCAACCUUCUGUGAGGCUGGCAUAACCACAAUUCCGUAUGUAAGAAAAGAAAACGUGGUAGAGGUGCAGCCCUGCAAAUCCUUGCUCCCACCACUGUUGGUGGAAGGGCCUCCACUCGAGAGAGCUCCAGAGAACACCUUUGGAGGGUAUUUUGGCCGACGCCUUGAAAGAGGUGGAAAUACUCGUACUGUACUUUACCACACACGACCUACCAAUCAACUAACUUCGAUGUAACCAUUUAUAUUGCUGGAUGGACAGAGGAGGGGGCAUUUAAGAAACGUGCCCAUUGGUUUUCAACUCCCAGCGACAGGCAAUUGAACCGAUGGCCCCUGGAUUGCAGAUGGAACGUGCUAUCCAUUUAACGCGUUGGCUUUUGCGACCAAUAUUAUUCAUAACAAAUGGUUUUUUUUAGGUUAGAUUGUGUAAUAAUAAGUGUGUCGUUCACCUACCACCACCCGACACAGACAAUUAGUAAAGUUUGUCACGUAAACAAAACGUGCCACUUAGUUACUACUUCAGCACCCCCGGUGUGUUUGACAAUAAACCCACAAAAUGUACAACUUGAGUGCGACGUUUCGCUGGUCACUUUCAACCGGCUUCAUCAGGCGAUUGUGACAUUGCACCACGGCAAAUUGAACGCGCGAAGGAGAUUGAGCGCUCAAACAUUCACCUCCUUUUGUAGCACGGACGGCCGCAACGUGUACGACCUGUCGUUCUCCUGCUUCUCGAGCUUCUCCAAGCACCCGGACAAUGUGUCCGUCAUCUUGGAUGUUGGGCAGAAAUUCCACGACGCUUCCCUCAUGACACCCAAGCCGGUCACGACCCACGUCGCUUGGCCCAACGAAGUCGAACAAGUGCCGGAUGGGAUAUUUCCUUCCAAUUAUUACUGGACGUGUUCCGAAGGAUUCAUGGUCGGAGGCAAGGACAACGGAAGGGUUUCACUGUGGGACAUGUCCAGGGGGCCCGGCGCUGUGGAUGGUGUUUUGACGCUGACCGUGGACGAGACUGGGAAUAAGUGGUUCUACCACCGCGUGGAAUGGGUCGACAUGGACAACGAUGGCCUGAAGGACGCCCUGACCGCUCGAGCCCAGAGCACAGGACCGACGGGAAACGGCCAGCUGAUCUGGUUCAAAAACCCGGGGCUGAUGGGCGGCCAAGUGCAGGAGUUCUGGAAGGAGAACAUCCUUCACGCGGGCCCUGACGUGUAUUUCCGUGCCGUGCGGCUCCCGCUGCCAAACGGCGGCACCAAAAUGGCUAUCGUCAGCACCGUCUUCUGGGGACAGCAGCUCACCGUCACCUGGACGUCCGGCAAGUUACCGUCCGGAUCACAAUACGUGUUAUUUGCCUGUCAGUCACGGCACUUGGUUAAGCGAUUUUCAGCGUAAAAAAAACACAAACUGUCCAGUCAGGGCUUAUUCUGACUGGAAGAAGCCUCGGAUCAUUUAUGGCAGUGAUGAUGAGUCAUAUGCAGCCUUUGCCCCCCCCCCCAAAAAAAAACACACCAGAC